AUGUUUAUAUGUUCGUCUGCUCGCAUCGGUCCGAAUCUCCUUGUCACUGAUGAUUCAGAGCUCUUGAGGCAUCUGAGUGCGCCAAGGUCCAAAUGGGCCCGAGGAGGAUGGUACGGUGGUGUCAAAUUCGAUCCCAGAAUGAAUAACAUUCUAUCUGAACGUGACGAGAAGAAACAUGCAGAAAUGAGAGACAAGUUGAUUGUACUCUGGAAGAGAGGUCGAACCUUGGAAUUGGAUAUUGACAGUGUUCUUGUGAAGGCUCUGGGCCACAUUCGACGAGAAUAUAUCGGCAAAGGCCUUGAUAUAGCACAGAUUGCUUCGUAUUUUACUCUCGAUGUCUUGAUCCGGAUGGCAUUUGAAGACUCCUUCGGAUUCGUCGAGGCAAAUAGCGACUUAUACGACUAUCACGUGAUAGCGAACAAAUUCUUCGGUGUUCUCGAACUGGUAGUCAAUCAUGAAAACCUGCAGUUAUUUGUUCAAAACAGCAUCGUCCAGAGAUUGCUCGCGCCUAAGGGUAAGGAUAAAGUUGGACAAGGGGCUAUAAUUGGGAUAGCUCAGAAAGCAGUCUCCGAAAGGUUUCGUCCAGACGCGAGAGUCAAGAAAGAUAUGUUGGGCCACUUUCUGGCAAAAGGCAUGACCCAGGAGGAGGCUGAGGUAGAAUCACACCUUCAGAUCAUUGCCGAGUCGGACUCAACAGCGGGCACCCUGCGCACUACGAUGAUGCUCCUGGUGGCCAAACCCGGUGGCAUACCGAAAACUUGUCCACGAAAUCGACAGUGCUAUCGUGAGAGGCAUUGUCUAGUAUCCAAUCAUCAGACAUAG